UGCAGACAUUUGCCCAGACAACACAGCAGUUCAGGCUGAGAUCGUUAACUAUCACAAUCAAUUAAGGAGAGCAGUUGAGCCUACUGCUUCUGACAUGCUGCAAAUGAGCUAUGAUGACCAGGUAGCAGCCAGUGCUCAGGCAUGGGUUGACCAAUGUGAUCUGGCUCAUGGAGCACCCAGCACCCGCAUGAUUAAUGGAUAUGAAUUAGGUGAGAAUCUGUACUAUGCUUCCAAACCUUACCCGUGGACUGACGUCAUCAAAGCCUGGCAUUCUGAAGUUUCACGCUACCUGUAUCCACAUGGCUCCACCAACGGCAAAACUGUUGGUCACUACACACAGGUGGUGUGGAGCAGCUCCUACAAAAUUGGCUGUGGCGUGAAAUUGUGCCGCAACAGCAUCUAUUUCUAUGCUUGCCAUUAUUACCGAGCAGGAAACUUCAGGACUUGGUCACCUUAUAAAGAGGGACCCACGUGUGAUUCCUGUCCCAAUGACUGUGUAGACAAACUCUGCACCAACCCAUGCCCUUUCAUCAACAAAUACAUCAACUGUCCAACCUUGAAAAAAUUGUUUGGAUGCACCAAUGUGUUGGUGAAAGCCUGGUGUCCAGCUGCAUGCGAAUGUACCACUGAAAUCAUUCCAAUCGCCUAAAGAUCAGCCCUUGAAUCUGCAGUCCUCAAAAUGUUCAGAUCAAUUACAUCUUUAUUGAUUAUCUGUCUACAAAGCAUUCUACUUUACGUAUAAUCCAUUCAAGCUUAUGAUGAUAUAUUAAUGACACAAGAAAAAAUAUAGUUUGCUCUGAUUGCAUUAAGUUUGAGAUUGUUUUAGGAGGGGUUUAAAAUAUAACGCCUACAGAUUCUUUAUCAGAAGUAUCCAAACUAUUCUUUUGUUGUAUUUUAAUUAACCUCCACAACCUUGAAGUUUGUCAUAUCUUGUACUUUGGUGUUAACAUUAAAAUUUGCAAAAAUGUGUCAGCUCAAGCAGAAAAUAUAAUUUAACUAUUAAUCCACCCAAGCUCAAGAUAAUAUGUAUCAAGAAUAUGAAUCAUACAAAUAAUCAUACA